AUGAGAACCAAGCACAUUCUCUGGCUGAGUGCUAUCCUACAAUGCACAUCAGCAGAUUGGCAAUACCUAUCCCGCCCAGACCUAUCCCCACCCCGACUCAACAUCACAGUCCCAGCCUCUCCACGCACCGAACCAGGCUACAUAUUCGUGGCGCCGACUGCCGGGUUCGUUGAAGGGAGUGUAGGACCUGAACAGCCCGGACCAUACAUCUUUCGCGACGAUGGAGAGCUUGUCUGGUCUGGCCUCGGGUAUUUAGCCGGCUACGUGGCUGACUUUGGCCCGACUGAGAUUGAUGGAAAGCCUGUGCUGCACGCUUUCCAAGGGUCGCUUGAUGCUUUCCGUGGAAGGAUGUAUGGGAAUCAUGUCAUUGUCAAUGAUAAGUAUCAGACUGUCAGUGUCGUUCGGGCGGCAUCGCAUCGGUUGGUGUCAACGCAUGAGUUUAAUGUGGUGGAUGGGGAAACGGUUUUGAUUGAAGCUCCGGUGUCGGUCCCUGCGGACUUAAGCCGUUAUGGAGGAGAUGAGGGCCAGCAGUGGAUUGUGAAUAAUGGGUUUCAAGAACUUGAUAUUCAUACCGGAGAGCUGCUCUUUGAGUGGUACAGUCUCGAACACAUCACCCCAAAAUACAGCGCAGUCCCUCUUGAAAAAGAAGGCAUCUUCUCCGGCCGCAGCUCACUCGACGCAUGGAACUAUUUCCACAUAAACAGCGUGGACAAAGACGACGAAGGAAACUACCUGAUCUCAGCCCGCCACUACGCUGCCAUCUUCAAAAUCAACGGCACGGAUGGCGAGAUCAUCUGGCAGCUUGGCGGUACCCACGGGUCCGAUUUCGAUAUCCCGCCCAGCGUGCAGUUCGCAUAUCAGCACGACGCCCGGUUCCGGUACCGGUCCGCAGAUGGAUCUAUUGAGAGGAUCUCAUUCUUCGAUAAUGCAGCCAUUACUUCACCCCUCGACCCCAUUAAUCCCUUCUCAAGGGCUCGAUAUGUCGAGUUAAACCAUACCGCUGGGACAGCCGCGGAGAUUCACACUUAUCCAGCUCCAGAUGGAUUGAGUGCGCAUUCGCAAGGAAAUUUCCAGUUCCUGCCCAGUGGAAACAAGUUUGUGAACUGGGGCCAGGCGGGUGCUGUAACGGAGUUUGCGGAUGAUGGGACUGUGUUGUUCCAUGCGUAUCUUGACUCGUAUCCGAACAAGCAUGUGCAGAGUUAUCGAGGGUUCCGAUCAAAUUGGACUGCGGUUUCGAACGAAGAGCCUGCUGUUCUGGCUCUCAGUGAUGGAAAGGGGACAGUAACCGUGUGGGUGUCUUGGAACGGAGACACGGAAACCAGGACCUGGUUGUUUUAUCUUUUCGAUAACGACGCCAAGGAAGGUGUUGCGCUUGGGGCACAGACUAGGUCUAGUUUUGAGACACGGUUUGAAAAGAAUCUUGGGAUACCUGCUAAAACAAUUAAGAGAUUCUCGAUUGGGGUCGAGGCGUUGGAUGCUCAGGGCCGUGGCCUUGGAAGUAGUAGACCGGUUUGGAUCCAAGAUGAUACGCCCUACCGCGCUCAUCUUCAGGAGAUACAACACGAGUCACAUCUCUCGUCUGGAUAUAGGGAACGGCUGGAGCUGUGA